ACCUUUGGUUGUUGAUUUGAGGAAUUUGUGUUUAAAUCUAUUUUGUUUUUAAUUAUGGAAGCUGUUCUUGUAGUGACAAGAUGCAUUAUGGGGUGUUUUAGUGUAUAAAUUAGAUCUUAGUGGGAAAAUAUUAACGGGAGUUCUUUAAUUUGAUGUACUGGCAUGUCUUUCCUUUUUAUUUGCUUUACUGAUUUUAGAUGUUCUUGGUUCUAGCUGCUAUUCAAGUUUGUUUUCCUAGUCUGAACCAUAAACUUAGUAUUGGGGGGUGGGGGUGUUAUAUUUAUAUUUUUCAACAAUAAUUGAAAGGAAAAUCCAAAAAUGAAAACAGAAAACAUUUUCUCAAGCCAAUCAAGUCUCAAGUUUCUCAAACUCAUGGUUAUGACUCUGGGUGUUAUGUUAAAAGUUAAAACCCAUCUGAUUUUCCGAUGAAUAAUGGUAAACUUUUGUAAUUUUUUCCUAAAAGGUUACAAAAGUUUGAGGAAUUAUUUCGCCAGAAAAUAAAGGUUGCAAAACUGUACAACUGGGAGAGUAAUCUUCUUUAAGAUUCAUGAUUUGUGAAGGACAACUCCAUAAUUUGUGUUUGAUGCAAUGUAAUGUUUGUAAUUGUCUAUUUGUUACUAACUAGCCUGUGGGAUUGCCAUAUCACAUUCUCAAAGUGUAAUCAACCCCAAUAUAGAUGGGCCAUGUUCAAGUUACCCGAAAGAAAGAAAAAGAUAGCAUGAUGUUGACCAGUGAUGAAAUUGAGACAUGAUGCUUAUUUAUCUUGUUAUAAGAUACAUAUUCUCUAGUGCUUUUGGUAAAUUUUACUCCAUAUUAUUGUUGAAAAGUGAAUCCAAAUUUGUUAAAUGAACUUCUGCGCCAAAACCUUAACUUUGUAACUUGGAUGCCUUGGAAUGGUGUUGGAAACCAGGAUUUUAGUUUUCUUUCUUCCAUUCUUUCUUUUUCUCUUAGAGUUCACAUGUAAUACUAUCUUUGGUUUUGUGGAUAUUUUUGUUUAAAUAAUUUUUCGUACACAAACUCUUUUUUCACCAAACUGUGAAAACUAGUGAUAUGAUUGCAUAUGAAUAUGACGCAAAGAAGUUUGAGAAAGAACAUUUGGACAUAGAUAUAGUCUCAAUAACAGUUUGAGAAAAGAGAUUGUGGUUUGUCAGUAGCAUUACUCUAUGAUUUUGGUAGACACUAUUUGUUGCUGUUUCUUCUGAGUGAUUCUUAUUUUCAUUGUGUUGUGUAAAUUCAAUUCAAUCAUUUCUUUUAUCAGGCUCUCACAUGUUGAACAUGUUAUAUGAUAGUUUAAUUACUUGCAAUUUUUCACUUAGGUUUAUAAGCAUUUUAUGUUAGAAGUUUUGAGAAAUUUGUCAUGGAGUUCUUUUUUGAAAAAUCUAGUGUAAAUCACCUUUACCUUAAGGGAGAAGGAAAUAAACUACUCCUAUCUUGUUGGAUGAAAACUAAAUACUAUGAGUGAAGGUCAUAUUCUCUAGUGCUCAUUGCUGAAGGGUCAUUCAAGCAUUUGAAAGUUACACUUGAAAACUGCUAUGCUAUAUUGUGGUUAUAACUUACAAAAGACUUCAAUAAUAUUAGAAGAAAAUGAUACUGAAAUUCUCCAUGCUUUGAUUCUAAAUCUCUGAUUAUGCAUCCCUACAAGGUUUCUCUUCACCCCAUUUUGCUCAUUCUUUUUUUAUGACAUUUUCUGAAUUUAUUAAUUGGCACUAGGGGGAGAAGUGGGGGGGUCAUGUAGAAAGCAAAGUUUGUUUUGGUGGAGAUAGCAUGCUCAAUUAUUCUUUCAUGACAAAACAAAAAUUACUCACAUUUUACUUUGAGGAGUUCAUGGAUUAGUUACCUGACUGUCCGAGUAAUAUGAGAGUUGCAAGGAGUGUUGGAUAGAAGUUCUUGGUCCUGAUGUUAUCUGUAAGAAAGUAACUAUUUAACUAGGGAGAGGUCCCAUUUUUUUUUUUGGGUAAAUUGGAGUGGUCUAUUUUCAUUUGUUGUAGAAGUAGCAUAUUAAAAUCCUUCUACAGCCCUAACAUGGAGUAUGUGGAAUGAAAGUUUAGUCAGAGCAACCUAGCAGUGGCUGGAUUGAGUAGUUAAGCACAUAAAAAAUAAAUAUGAUGUGUGUAAGCUUAAAGGUAUCUUUGUAAAACCACUACAAAAUUUUGGAUAAACAAAAGUCUAAUUUCAUAAAGUUGUCAAAAGAAAAAGAAUUGCAUAGUUUGGUCUUUAAAAUCCAACGACUUUUCUUUUUGACAUGGCAUUUGUUAUUUCUUCUAUCGACAGGCAUUUGAUGAGGACAUAACGGAAGGUGAUACCUAAAUGGUAAGCUGACCUAAGCGAAAAUUUGUUCCAUUCUUUCCAAUUUCUUAAAAGAAGUUAGCUCACAGCAGAUCCAUACAAACAUGAUGACUCCAAACUUGAAUCUGGAACCAGAAGGUGGUUUAAAAGUCCUCAGCCAAGUAGGUUUCGAUAAAUCAAUACAAGAGACAUCUCAUGAUCUUACCAAGGACAGCACUGCUACUUCCUCCUGUCUUACCAAGGCUGAUCCUGACCCAGGUUCUGUUUCCCUUGACUUGUCCCUCAACUUCAAUCCCAAUGAUGAAGAGUUGAAAGGCACAAGUGAUACUAACUGUGAAGUAGGACCUGAAACACAUGCCUCAGCAUCAGCAAUUCCUAGAGUUUUCUCUUGUAAUUAUUGUCAGCGGAAAUUCUUUAGCUCGCAGGCAUUAGGUGGCCACCAGAAUGCUCAUAAAAGGGAGAGGACAAUGGCGAAGCGUGCAAUGCGAAUGGGGAUGUUCGCUGAAAGGUACACAAGCCUAGCAUCUCUGCCUCUCCAUGGUUCUGCUUUUCGGUCGCUUGGACUCGAAGCUCAUGCUGCAAUGCACCAAGGGCAUGUGCAUCAUUCAAUGAGGGCUCCUGAUAUGAGUGCUGCAGCGAAAUUCGGGAAAGACUAUUUUCGGACACCGAUCUUCGUGGAAGAUGAUGAUGUUGGUCUGUUUUGGCCUGGAAGUUUCAGACAGAUUGAUGAAAGGGGUUAUGUUAAUUUGAGGCAUGGUGAGCAUGCUCAUAAUUCAAAUACUAGUUUUGUAGUAGCAACUGCACCUCAAGCACAAACAUCUGUGUCUCCUGAUCUCACUCUGAGGCUUUGAGAUUUUUCAUCUUAAUUGAAUUCAAAUACUAGUUUUGUGGCAUGCACAAACAUAUCUGUACAAGCCUCCUCAUGUUCUCAAUGUAAAGCUUUAAAGCUUUUUCAUCUUUAGUUUCAUUCUCUUCAGACUUUAAAUUAUUGAUUUAUGGUGAUUGUACUGUACAGUGAGACUUGUAUUUUCAAUGGCUUAUUUAGCUUAUUUGAAUUUUCAUUAUUAUUAAA